UUUUGCUGGAGUAACGUGUCGCGCAAUUGGCGUCGCAAUUUUCUUCCCCAAAUCCCAUCGACGGCAAUCGUGCCCAUCGUGCCCAUCGCCACUCAUCGCCUGUCCGUUAUCGUCAAUCGUAAAUCGUAGAUCGUCUCGUAUUCAGUUUUCGACCACUCGCGUGCUUGUGGGUCUGCGUGUGUGUGUGUGUGUGUGUGUUUGUGUGUGAGUGUGCGUGGAAGGAACAGGUGUGGGCGGAGGAGGCGUGAUGGGGUCUCUCGCCAUAUGCAACAGUCUAAACACAAUUAUAACCAUCCAAUGAAAGGAUCCAUCCACCCAAAACAGAGGUUAAAAUGUAGCAGCAAUACGUGAGGCAUUACUCAAAAGGCAAGAAGGAACGAGGAACCGAAAAGGAACGAUAGAAAAACAGGGAGAAAUAAACUCAAACGAAAAUCAAAAUGCCAGCAAUAAAAUUACAACAAUUGAAUUCAAUUCAUUCACAAGAAGGAACGAAAAAAGGACCUCGACAUGGACCUGGACCUGGACCUGGACACCGAUACAACGGCUUCAGCUGCUCCUGGCACGGGUGCGAGUCGCGGCAUUUUGCAACAAAUUAUUUAAAAAGUUAUUGCCACAUUAAGCGUCAUGGUGUUAAUAACAAUAAAACUUUAUGUUGGCUGACACUGACUUUGAUUUUAUUGAGCGCACAAACAGUGGCAAUUGCCACUGCCACGGAAGGAGCAGCAGCUGCAGUGGCACCAGCUGUUGGCGGUGCCCCAUCUGGAGGCGUGGCAGCAUUGGAAAUUGGCACCUGCAAGCAACCGUUGGGCAUGGAAUCUGGCGCCAUUGCCGAUUUUCAAAUAAGCGCCAGCUCGGCCCAUGAUAUGGGAAAUGUGGGGCCACAGCACGCCAGACUUAAGGUGGAUAAUAAUGGUGGUGCCUGGUGUCCCAAGCAUAUGGUAUCGCGUGGACUGCAGGAAUAUCUACAGAUUGAUCUGCUGCAGGUGCAUUUGGUGAGCGCCAUACGCACUCAGGGUCGCUUUGGCAAAGGUCAGGGCCAGGAGUACACCGAGGCCUAUGUGGUGGAGUAUUGGCGGCCAGGCUUUGAGAAAUGGAUACGCUGGAAGAGUAUUCAAGGGAAAGAGGUUUUACCGGGGAAUAUAAACACCUACAGCGAGGUGGAGAACGUGCUGCAGCCGAGCAUCUUUGCAUCGAAGGUGCGCAUCUAUCCCUACAGUCAGUACGAUCGCACUGUCUGCCUGCGCGCUGAGAUCGUUGGCUGUGCCUGGGAAGAGGGCAUCGUGUCGUACAGCAUACCCAAGGGCAUGCAGCGGGGCAUGGAAAUCGAUCUGUCGGACAAGACCUACGAUGGCCAUGAGGAGGCCGAUCGCUAUGUGAAUGGCCUGGGCCAACUGGUGGAUGGACAGCGGGGCAAGGAUAACUUUCGCAAUGAUAUCAAUGGCUUUGGCAAAGGUUUCGAGUGGAUUGGCUGGCGUAAUGACACGCUCUUGGGUCGACCCGUGGAAAUCACUUUCGAAUUUGAAACUGUACGGAAUUUCAGUGCUGUCAUUAUACACACGAAUAAUAUGUUCUCCAAAUAUGUGCAGGUGUUUGUCCAUGCCAAAGUCUUCUUCAGCAUUGGUGGACGUCAGUUUGGCGGUGAGCCCGUACAAUUCUCGUAUAUGCCCGACCUGGUGCUGGAUCAUGCACGCGACGUGACAAUCAAAUUACAUCAUCGCCUGGGGCGUUAUCUGCAGUUGCAUUUGUAUUUCGCCGCCCGCUGGAUGAUGCUCAGCGAGAUUACGUUUAUAUCAGUGCCCGUGGUCGGCAAUUUUACGGAUGAGGGCCUGCUCAAUGGCAUCAGACAGCCGUCGGACACAUCCGAGUAUCCGCUGCAGCGCGAUGAAGUCGGUCGAGCGGUCAGCAGUGGCGAAAGGAGCCAACAUACCACACAGGUUAUCUCUCCAAAACCCAUUGACCAUCAGGAAGCGGAAGCGACUGGUUUUGUUGGCGUCAUAAUCACAGUGCUGGCCACAAUUAUUCUCCUGCUUGUCGCCAUUAUAUUGCUGAUUGUGGCGAGGAAUAAGCGCGGUCGUGGCAGGGGCAACGUUUUGGAUGCAUUUCAGCAUAAUUUCAAUCCAGACACACUCGGUGGCAUCGAUAAGCGACUCUGCCACACCGGCAACGGCAAUGUCCUAAAGGUGGUCACAACAAUGGAUGACAAUGAGUCGUCCAUUGACAAGAACAGUCUGUACCAUGAGCCCUUCAAUGUGAACAUGUACACCAGUGCGGCCAGUGGAUGCUCCAUGAAUGACCUGCAGCGUCAGCAUGUAACGCCGGACUAUACAGAUGUACCGGACAUUGUGUGCCAGGACUAUGCGGUGCCGCACAUGCAGCAGCUGCUUCCCAAUGGUGCACCUCCACCUCCGCCGCCUCCUGCUGGCAGCAAUGGACCCUCCUCCGCUGUCGGCGGCAGCGGCGUCGUCGUCGUAACCACCAGUGCACGCAACUCUCUUAAUGCUGCCACACUCCCUCUGCCACUGCCCGUGCCACUGCCCGUGGCAUUGCCUGUUGGGAGCCUGCCAUUGCUGCCACCACCGCCGCCAGUGCCACCGCCGCCGGAGAAAUAUUAUGCAGCCACACCAAUUUGCAGCAAACCCAUGUCCGUGCCGCCACCGGGCUCGCAGAGUAGUGGCUCGUUGAGUCUCAGCUCCUCGACAACGGCAGCGACAACGCCCACGGGCAUCAGUGUGGGCGCGGGCAGCAUGGGCCUUGGAGUGGGCACCAUUGUAGCAGGUGGUGGCUGUGGUGGCAUCAAACCGCAUCAUUACAAUUUGGAUAUGAGCGCUAAUUUCGCCGACAUUAACGAAGAGCAGGCCAAUUGCCAAGUGCAGGAGUUUCCACGUCAGUCCCUGGUCAUCGUCGAGAAACUGGGCUCCGGCAUGUUCGGGGAACUGCAUUUGUGCGAAACAAAUGUCCUGAAUGCCACUCUGGUAGCUGUUGCCACACUGCGGCCUGGAGCCAGCGAUCAUCUGCGCAAGGAAUUCCGCUGCAAGGCCAAACAGUUGGCGCGUCUUUCGGAUUCGAAUGUGGCACGAUUGGUGGGCGCUUGUCUGCGUGAUGAACCCAUUUGCAUUGUGCAGGACUAUUCGAAUUGUUUGGGCGACUUGAAUCAGUUUCUGCAGGAGCAUGUGGCCGAAACCAGCGGACUGAUGGCCAACAAGAGUCUAAGCUAUGGCUGCUUAGUUUACAUUGCCACACAAAUUGCAUCGGGCAUGAAGCAUUUGGAGCAAAUGAAUUUCGUACAUCGGGAUCUGGCAACAAGGAGCUGCAUUAUUGGGCCCGAGCUGAGCGUCAAGGUCUGCUCCAUUGGCACUGUGAUAAAUCGAUCGGCCUAUAUGUCGGACUAUUGCCAAUUGGAGGGCACCACUGGCCGGCAGACACAGCCGAUGCCCAUACGCUGGAUGUCCUGGGAGAGUGUGCUAUUGGGAAAAUUCACCACAAAAUCAGAUGUCUGGUCAUUUGCUGUUGCACUCUGGGAGAUAUUAACAUUCGCGCGGGAACAGCCCUACGAGCACAUGACAGACGAGAAUGUUAUUGAGAACAUUGGACACAUCUAUCAGGAUGAUAAAAUGCAUGAACUGCUGCCCAUGCCCGUCAACUGCCCGCGUGAAAUUUACGAUCUCAUGUGCGAGUGCUGGCAGCGCAACGAAUCGAGUCGACCCAAUUUCCGGGAGAUACAUUUGUUUUUGCAGCGCAAGAAUCUAGGUUUUAAGCCCCAGUCCCAGACGCUGAUGUAUUGAAAUCCAAUAUGUACACAAAAACGCAACCAGCAACAAAAAACACACUAAAGAACUCAAAACUAAAUGCAA